UCCUGAGGUAUAAAGGAUCUCUUGUUCCUGUGGCAGCAUCUCAUAGCAACAUCACACCCUCAUACAGGUGCUCACACUUUUCAAGGGCGCCAGAACAACAGAGGAGGAGGACCUUCACCGUAAUCUGAAAGUUUUGUUGGAAAAUCUGUGGACUCUCUAUUUUAAUUUUGUUCUGUCACCAGACCAAGAGCCAGCAUGUCAAUGGGCAUGGAGAUCGUGGGCAUUGCCUUUGGAGUGAUUGGUUUUAUCAUUGCAAUAGUUACAUGCGCCCUGCCAAUGUGGAAGGUGACGGCUUUCGUCGGAGCCAACAUCAUCACCGCUCAGACCAUCUGGGAGGGUUUAUGGAUGACCUGUGUCACCCAGAGCACUGGCCAGAUGCAGUGCAAGAUCUACGACUCGAUGCUGGCCUUGGCCCGGGAGCUGCAGGCCUCCCGAGCAAUGAUGAUCAUCGCCAUCAUACUCGGGGUGUUGGGGGUCCUGAUCUCCAUCGUCGGCGCCAAGUGCACCAACUGCAUCGGAGACGAGUCGUCCAAGGCCAAAGUGAUGAUCAUAGCUGGAAUCUUCUUUGUCCUCGGCGGCCUUUUGGUUCUCAUCCCCGUCUCCUGGUCGGCCAGCGUCAUCGUCCAGGAUUUCUACAACCCCCUCGUGAUCUCCGCGCAGAAGAGGGAGAUCGGGGCAUCGCUCUACAUCGGCUGGGGAGCGGCCGUCCUGCUCCUGAUUGGUGGGGCGAUGCUGUGCAGCAGCUGCCCGCCAAAAGAGAAGAAGUACAAGCCGCCCCGGAUGGCCUACACCGCCCCGCGCACCACCAGUGCAGGUGGAGGGUACGACAGGAAAGACUAUGUUUGAACGGAAGUGUCUGACAGAUUGAUUUGGAAAGCAGGAUGAACUAAAAUGUUUGUUGCACAUGAGUGCUUUUGUGUGUCUGUGUUGUAGUUUGCUGUCUGAAACCACAGGGUGAACCCCACGAAAAGACUCCGAAAUGAAGAUGUGUGUACAACUAUUGAUUUUCUGCUUUACCUUUGGCUGACAUGUUCAUUUACAGAACUUUAAGAUUUUGCUUUGCAGCCGGUGUGUCUUGUUAAAUAGGCUCCUAUUUUCUGUAUAUGAACAUUAGAGCAUGUUUUCCAAGAAAAAAAUAACUUAAAUUAUUUUGAAUUUUCUGAGAACAUGUUGUAUUUAUGCUUUAACUUCUGUGGCAUUAUGUGAAUCUGAAACUGCUUCUUGUGAGCAUGUGUCGCUAUAUCAUUAGCUGUCGGCCUGCUGGUGUCGUGUUUCACUGAAACCGUCAGUUAAAAUGCUGUGUGUCGCUGACAAUGACAGGGAAAAGCUCGCUCUCAUUUUACAUGGAUUUGGUUGUGUGAUUGUUCAGUGUGUGGGUGUGUGUGCGCGUGUGUGUGGGUGUGUUUUGCAUGUAAUAUUUGCUUAGGAGAGUUUCUACUGAGACUGAAACUAAAGAUGGAUCCAAGAUAUGGCCCCAGGAAACAACUUUAUCUCCCUCCUCAGAGUUUCACUGUUUACGGACAUCACUGUUUCAGUUGUUACACAAAGACUUUGUAUGUGUCUAUAUAUGCGAUUUUAUUUUUUAUUUAUGUAAUAAAAUGUAUUUGUAAUGUAUUCUAACACUCCACUGUGUUUCUGUGUUAGAUUUGUAUUGUGUAUUUUAUCAUAAGCAGUAGCCUGUAUGAUCCGCUGUCACACAAAGAGCCAAAGGUCCUCUUUGUGUGCGUGUGUGUGUGUGUGUCUGGGUGUGUGAGACAGCCUGAGGCAAUAUGACUAAAGCUGUUGUAAGAUGUUUGUUUCCACAUCAAAAGGAUUUGUUUUGUGGUUUAUAUUUAUCAGAUAUUUCAUCAAUUCAUAUCCAUCUCUUUUUAAUCAGAUUUUGUGUUCAGUUUAACAUUUUUUUAUACUUUAGUGGCCAAACAUUGUAAAAGAGCGGAUUUAUAGAAUUUUUCUUUGUUAAAUUUCUUUGAUUUCAAUAAAAGUCAGACUAAGAAUGAUGCAGGGGGCUUCUGUUCUUCCUCUUUCAUCAAGAAAGAUGGAUUAAUCCUGUGAG